AUUUUAAAUGUUGUACCGAGAAAUAAUUAAACGCGUGAUUGUUUGUAUAUCUACAAAAUAAUAGGCUGUUAAGUUGAAAUGGAAACGAGUUAUUCUGUGAAAGGUAUUUAAAGAAAGAACAAAAAAUAUUUUGGAAUUUGGAGGAUUUGAGAUUCGCUGGUUAUCGGUCCAACAGGAGGCUCGACUUUGGAGAACACCUUGGUGGGGCCUGUUGACGCGCUGGUUGGAAAGAAGGCAUGCACGAAAGCACGAAGUCGUGAAGGCGAGCGUUCAGUCGUUAAUGCGCCUCCGACGGAGUAACUCAGUGAAAAUUUAUCUUCCAUUAUUUUCACAUGCUUUCGCGAGUUUAUUACUUUAUGUAUCGUACAUAUAUUUAAUAUAUAGUGUAUUUUGUGUUUUUAUCAGUGUAUGUUUAUAUUCAUCAGAAGAAAUGAUGAUCAAAUAGAAUAUAUAUGUUUGUGUGUGCACAUAUAUAUAUAUAUAUAUAUAUAUAUAUAUAUAUAUAUAUAAAACAUAAAAGAAAGAUCGUAGAAAAGUUCCGAGUGAGUUUUCGCUCGAUCUUCGCACUUGGAUAACGACAACGAGUGAGAGAAGAAAACGAAUCGAGGAAUUAAAAAAAAAAAGAAAAACUUGCCGGCACAAGGUGAACAUCAAUCGUAGAAUUAUAAAUUAACGGGCUUGACGCGAAAGGCACGCGUACUUUGAUCAUGACGCGAGUUGGUCUAUAAUAAUAAGUAAAAAGAAAAUAUAAUAAUACUGUUCGGAACUUGCGAAAAAUCUUCGAGAUACCGAUCGAGUAAAUCGACAUAGUGUGACACCGAUCUCUACUUUUAUCCGGUUCUUGUAAUUUCCGUUCGACCGAGCAACGUUAGCACAAACAAGAAGAAAUUCACGUGAAUAUAAAAUACUUAGCAAUUGUCUUUCGGAUUAGAAAACACAAUCGACGCUAAACAUUCAAACAAAAGAUCACCUUCUUUUUCUCGAAAGGACAACAAAAAUAAAUAUACAAAUCGACGAUCAAAAGAAUGCCUGAGAACGCAGGUGUAGAAGAACGAUGAGAAAUAAAUGAAGGUGGAACACAGGUGCAAUAGCAGGUAGUUGUUUUACUUGUUUCUAUUCGCUCACAGCGUGCUCAGCCGAGCUUGCAGAAGCAACGGAAGUGGGAAAAGGGAGAAGGGACAUCCAGGAUGUCCGAAGAGUUGCGCACGCAACGUUUAGGGACGCUGUCACACGGAGAGUAUACUAUGCAAGCCGAAGAGGAAAUUCAGUAUGCUCCAAGGAGCCGACCUGUUAGCUUUUAUGAUAAUUUUAAGGACGUACCAGUUAUGCCAACAUGUGUGACCUCCGCGAUGAGUGUUGGUAAUUUGAGUCAGGUUCGAGAAAACGAUACUACUUCAUCGAACAUACCACAAAGUAGUAACAAUAAUAAUAAUAAUAAUAAUAAUAGGGUGAGCAGUGCGAUGAGUGCUGGUAACGUUUCCAAGAUUCAGAUUGUUAGAGUUACGGGUGCUCUUUCGAUGGGUAAUAUUGGUAAAACAUGUCGAACGGAUAAAACUGAUAAAGAACUUGGGCGAGCUCCUUCGAUGGCCAAUUGUUUGUCAACCACAGUUCCCGUUAAUCUAGCUGCUUCGCAAAUAGCAGGUCGACACACACCCACCAGAAAUUCCCUCAGGCACAGCAGAAUGAUCGUACUGAAUCGAAGUGGGCAGAGAGCACAAAAAUUCUUACCACCAUUGGUUUAUCAUCGACAAUUGGCUAGAUGUUUGGCAGCAUUACAGACUAUUCUUGGGAUUGCAAUUACUUCACUGUCGUUAUGGUUGCUACUGUGGGCUCCAAAUUUACCUAUAACUGACAAUCCGUAUUGGAGUGGAAUGCCUUUGUUACUUUCUGGAAGUUUCGGGGUGUGUUUGCUUUGUUGUUUCAAAAAAGAGUACCCAGGUAUGAGCCCUGGUUUCUGUUUAACAUUGACGAAGGCAAUCAGUACUUUACUUGCAAUUUCGGCAUCUGUGGCGUGUGUCCUGGCAUGCAUCUCAGCAACCAUGCAUCUGGCACAUCUUAUGAGGCUAGAAUGUACACCGGCACGUGUUCUCAACGCCACGUGUGUUUGUAGACCACGAGAACAAGCAAAUGUUACGGUUAGCGAAGCAUCGGUCAAGUACAUGGAUUUGAAUUGUCCCGAAGUUGAAAGUAUUUUAACAAUACUUCUCAUCUUUUCUUCAACGUGUAACGCUUUUGGUGCCAUCGUCGCUGGAUGGUAUAGUUAUCUUCAUUGGAGUACUCGACGAAAAAGACCGAAAUAUGUACCUGUUAGAACGACGACAUUCGAUUCGAGCAGGUGAUAUCCGAUUAAAUUUCAAACAGUUUCUCACCAAAGUAUUCGACGAAAAAUUGUGACGUAGAGAGAAAGGGACCAAUCUACGUACUUUUUAAUCGAGAAGAACUAAGAGUGAUCAAAUCAAAUAUUCAAUGCGAACGAUUCAGAAGAGUACAAUGGCUAUUAAAACAUUUCUCGAAUCGUUAUCGUUAUCGUCAUCGACACACGACGCACGUGUGUACAUAAAAUACAGUAUUUAUUUAGAAAUCUCUAAUACGUUCCAUAGUAUGUAUGGAAUAUCUUAAGUGCGCGGGUGUACGUGAAUACAAAUUUAUUCGUACUCGUAUUCUCGAUCGAAAGGAAGUUUCAUCGAUUAAUUACAUUUAUUGACGCGCACGUAUUUAUCACAUCGAAAAAACAAAACGAAAGACUCCGACUCUAUACCUCAGCGUAUUAGAUUUUAAUGCAUACUUCGACACUUGCAAACGCAUAAGCUAACAUAUUUUACGCAUAUAUUUUAUAUAGUUGAAGAAAAUUACGCGGAUUAUGGGACGAAAUAAGUUAUUGUCAGUAUUAAUAUUAUUUUAAUCAAAAUUGUGCCCGUGUUAAUUCAAUUUAAGAUCGAUCAUCUCGAUAACUUUAUAAUAGUAGAUUACAUUCCCUCUUAGUGAUCAGUCGGUAUCACUUUUUUCAUUUACUGAAUGAAAAUUAUUCUUUGUUGUUUUAUCUUCGGCCUCGUUUAUUCGAAUCUCUGGUAUAAGUGCAUCCUUGCUCGACGGUGAUACUAAAGAAUUGCUGAAGAUAUUCGUUCUAUGUUUUAAAAUGAAAUAUACAAUAUAGAAAAAUA